UACAAAUUUACAAGCGGCAUGUUGAAGCAUAUGCAAAGGUUGAAAAUUUUAUAUGUUAAAGAAAAUUUGUUUUUUUUUUUCUUAAUAAAUUUUAUUAUUACCAACUUUAUAAGAGUUUUUCUAGUAGUUUGUUUCAAAAUUCUAGCAAUUAUUGCAAGUACAAAAUUAAGUAAAAACUUGCUGUUUACUGUUAUAUACACGGAAAAUAUGAAAGUAGCAGUUGAAGGUUGUGCUCAUGGUGAGCUGGAGAAGAUCUACGAAACAAUUCAGUGCCUGGAAAAUGAAGAGGGUUUUAAAGUUGAUUUGUUGUUAUGUUGUGGUGAUUUUCAAGCAACACGAAAUCUUGAAGACCUGCAAACGAUGGCGGUCCCACAAAAAUACUUAGAUAUCUGUACGUUUUACAAAUACUACAGCGGUGAAUUAGUUGCACCUAUACUUACGAUUUUCAUAGGAGGUAAUCAUGAAGCGUCCAAUUAUCUGCAGGAAUUACCCUAUGGUGGCUGGGUAGCACCGAAUAUCUACUACUUGGGUUAUGCUGGCGUGGUAAAUGUAAAUGGCAUACGCAUUGCAGGCUUAUCGGGAAUUUACAAAGGUCACGACUAUUUACGUGGCCGGUUUGAAUUUGCGCCCUAUUCAGAUAGCACACGCACCAGCGUUUAUCAUGUACGACAGUUGGAAGUGUUUCGCCUGAAGCAGUUGACUGGCACGAUAGACAUUUUUAUGUCACAUGAUUGGCCACGAGGCAUUUAUAAUUACGGUAAUAAAUCUCAGUUGGCACGUUUCAAACCACAUUUUCGUGAUGAAAUGGAUAAAGGUCAAUUGGGCAGUAGACCUUGUGAGGAUUUGCUGAAACUGCUGAAACCGAAGUAUUGGUUUGCAGCACAUUUGCAUUGCAAAUUUGCUGCGGUUGUGCCACACGAAGCGGAUGAUAGUAGCAGCGAAGGAGAUGAUGUCAAUUAUGAAGAAGAAAAAUGUAAGGAAAAUAAAUUUCCGGAAGAUAAGGUUGAAAAUAUCACCAAGUUUCUUGCUUUGGAUAAAUGUUUGCCUAAAAGACGCUUUUUACAAAUACUCGACAUUGAAACUCCACAUUUAUCAGAAGGUGAACUGCGUAUGGAAUACGAUCUCGAAUGGCUGACAAUACUAUACCUAACUAAUCAUUUGACAAAUGUAAAAACUUCCAAAUACUAUCUGCCAGGUCCGCAGAAUGCCGCCAGUAACGAACGGUACAAUUUUAAACCUACACGUGACGAAAUGGAACAUGUGCGUAAUAAAUUUGCCGCAGAUUUGUUUGUGCCAAAAAACUUUGUGCGCACAGUUGAACCCUACAAUGCCAGUGAAGCCAAUAGUGGGCAUGUGCCGCAGCCGAAAGCUCAAAUUAACCCACAGACUCAACAAUUCUGUGAUGCUUUAGGCAUAGAUGAUCCCGUCAGCCUGGUGCUAUUAAUUGGCGGUCACGAGCUCAAUUACUCUAGUGCGUUAAAUGAAAGUACAGAUACGGAAUUUAAUGACUCAGCUACUUCCACACAGACCGAACAAUCAAGCAUGAAUAUGUCAAGCGGAACAGUUGAUGCGCUAUCACCUUGUCAGCUUAGUCCAUUUAAACGAAAAAGUAGUAUGAGUCUUAAUUUGCCAAAACCCAUAGCAGAGGUCGAUAGUUUACUGAACGAGAGUGAGGAAGUAAAAAAUCCCGAUGAAUUGAUAUUGGACGACGAAGUAGAGAAAGACAUUCUCGAGAUGGAAGGAAAUGCAGAAGAAGCAGCUGAAUUUGUGGAGCAAAAUACUACGUCUACGAAGCCACCGAUCAAAAAGUUUAAGCGCCGUAAUCAGAGCGAGUAUGUGAAUAACGACGAGGAAGAGGAGGAUUGUGGUUAACUGUCAUAAUUCUUGGUUAAUACAUAGGAUAAGCUUUUUAGUGGAAAAAUUUUGAGUUUUUAAUAAAUACUGAAGAAAGUCCUCAAA